UCCUCGAAUUAAACCUACUGUUUAAUAUUUUGCUUACGGCCUAGAAAGUGUAGCUCUGCAUUUGCUGAUUUGUCUCAUAAAGAUAUAUGUCUAUGAUGAAAUUAUAGCGUUAGCUAAUGUAAGCUGUUGGCUGUCAAAAUCGAGCUAACAUCAACUUUUAUUGACGAUAUCGAUCCAAGAUGUAAACGGAAUGAAUCUAUUUGUCUGACGUCCUUUAGUUAGGUCGUGCUUAACUUUGUUGUUCUUUGUGCCUGAAUAUAAAUUCACGCCCUGCUCGCACAGUUUGAGAUUUUUAAUGGUGUGUGGAUCAAGUUUUUUUUAAAGCAUGAUCUUGACUUCGGGAAAGGAAAAUGAGUGAGCUGGAGGAUAUCAGUCUUCACAUUCAUGACAGGAUAUCAUCCUUACAACGCAUGCUGGAUCUAUCAGUUGUUGAAUUGCCUCAAAAUAAGAAUAGGAAACUUGGACUAGAACUGUUUGCCCUGGAGAGCCUUUUAGAAGAGUUUGAAAAACGUGUCGGCCAACAGAAGGAGAAACUAAAGCAUUUGAAGGAACUUGAGAAGGUAUUGAAGAAGGAGGUGGAAGAUGUUCAUCACAUGAAGGACAACAUACCUGCACACAUGCCCAUGAUGAAAGUCCCAACAAAUGAAAAUGAACCUGUUUUGAACAAGAAUGAAGCAGCAGAUGUUCAACUUGUCCAACCAGAAAAUGACAAAAAGACCAACAAAAGCUACGUCAAAGAGAUGGAGUUUAUCACUGUACCAGAGUUUGAGAACAUCCCACAGUACAUGAAAGGACGCGUUUCAUAUGAUCAAAUUAAUGCUGUGGUGCAGAGCAUUAACAAAGCUGUAACAGCCAAGUACAAGAUCCUCCAUCAGUCAGUGAAAACUCUGAGUAGUCAUGCACGCAAACUUCACCAACGCUUCAAGGACCAGGACACGAAAGAUACAAAAGUUGUGUUGGAAUAUCUUGCAGGUCAGUAUUUUGUGGUGGAGGAUGACAUUCGGGAAUUUACACCAACAAGGGUGGACAAACGAUUUCAGGGGAUUUUGAACAUGCUUCGACACUGCCAGCGUCUGCGGGAGCAGCGAGGGAGAGGCCUCACCCGCUAUAUUUUGUUAUGAUUGAAGACUCAGUCACAUUAUGCUUUCAGUUGUGAUUUUCUUUUCAAACCAACAGUGAUUGUAAAUGUGUGUAUUACAGAUUAUUUUUCUUCUAAAUUGCUGAAAUAAAAGUGUAAUAACAUUUGAAAUGUCUGCUACAUUAGGUGUAUUUACUUCUUUGAACUUGAUCUUGAUCUUUUAGAAUAGCCUUACUUUGAUAGUAUGAGACAGAUGCAGGAUUGCGCUAAGGUUCUUUGGAGAUUAGCUCAGUAUGUUUUAGAAAUUUGCAUAGUAUCCAUCUUGUUUAAUAGGACACACUUAAACCAUGAAUGCAGCAAAAUACAUAAAUGUUCCAGAAAAAAUUCUGAUGCAGUGAGCAGGAAAGCUGCUGGCGAGAUUAGAUCUCCUGCAAGACAGUAAGCCCAUGCAUAAAGCUAAAACUACAAAGUGAUAGUCAAUUCAAGACAUUUUGCCCAUUUUGAGUAUAAAGGUCCCAAAUUUGCUGGUGUUUCAUUUGAAGUUCUGAUGCCCAUGUAUUUUUAGAUUUUGAAAACUGAAAAAAAAUGUUUGAAAGGCCAAAUAAAACACUAAUAGCACUGUUUGAUAGUGAUCAAAUGAAAUAUAGAAGAUGUCAGGUAAAUACUCAUAGAAACCAAAUCCUGCAAGAUUCGUCAUGGUGGGUGCAUUUUUCAGGGCAUUUUGUCAUCACAAAGAUAUGGAAGUCCUAAUUUUAAGACACAAUUUCUGAAUAUGGGAUUGAAUGCUUUUGAGACUUUCACAGUAUACAUAGGAAACCUGGAGCAGCUUUACAAUUCAAAUAUACAUGGAAAUCUAACAAGAUUUUUUUCAAUAUAGUGUGGUGGAAAUUGGUCAAUAAAUGAGGUUCUGAGACAA